CCCACGGAGAGGCGGAGAGGGAGAGGAGAGAUUUGAUUCUGAGGUAGGAGACGAUCCCCCGUAUCUCGAUGGAUUUCCUCCAAUACCACGGCGCCGAGAUCGUCGGGAUCGCCGUCGCCGUCGUCGCCGUGGGCGCCGCCGCGUACUACCUCUACCUCGGCAAGAAGCCCAAGGGUUGCUUGGAUCCGGAGAACUUCAGGGAUUUCAAACUUGUUGAGAAGAAACAAAUUAGUCAUAACGUGGCUAAAUUUCGUUUUGCUCUUCCCACGCCUACUUCUGUGUUGGGUCUCCCGAUUGGGCAACAUAUAAGUUGCAGAGGAAAGGAUAGCCUUGGUGAAGAAGUAAUCAAACCGUAUACGCCAACUACAUUGGACUCUGAUGUCGGGUACUUCGAACUUGUGAUAAAGAUGUAUCCUCAAGGGAGAAUGUCGCAUCAUUUCCGUGAGAUGAAAGUUGGUGAUUAUUUGUCUGUGAAGGGACCUAAGGGACGUUUCAAGUAUCAACCUGGGCAAGUCAGGGCUUUUGGAAUGCUAGCCGGAGGGUCCGGAAUCACUCCGAUGUUUCAAGUUGCGAGGGCAAUUCUUGAAAACCCGGUAGACAACACAAUGGUUUAUCUAAUUUAUGCAAAUGUGACAUAUGAAGACAUCCUUCUGAAGGAGGAACUGGAAACGAUGGCUGAAAACUAUCCCAACCGCUUCAAAGUAUAUUUUGUUUUGAAUCAGCCUCCGGAGAAUUGGAACGGCGGUGUUGGUUUUGUAUCCAAGGAAAUUAUUAAAGCUCAUUGCCCCCAACCUGCAUCUGAUAUCCAGAUUCUGAGGUGUGGACCACCUCCCAUGAACAAGGCCAUGGCUGCGCACCUGGACGAGCUCGGAUACACAAAGGAGAUGCAGUUCCAGUUCUAAAUUUUACUCCUUUUUUUUCUCUUAAAUCGAUAUAAAGCACUAAAAUAAUUGAAAUUUGAGAUUUUUCUCUGAUGAUCCUGUGAGAUCUUCUACAUCUCUGUAACGGAAUUUUUGAAACUUCAACCAUUGUAUUUUCACAAUUUGAACUGAAAUAUUUAUUACACGUCCUAAAAACCCUCAGUUUAUGGUAGCGAUGCAACAAAAAGUGCAACACACUUGUGGGGUUUGUUAAUUUCGGCCUUGAUCGCGUGUUCCCUAUUAUGAUUUGAUUUGGUAUUCGAGUAAGCAUGAGUUGGCCAUGAAUUUUAUUUAGAA